AUUGGUUCAGGUCUUGUUCGGACAGUAAUAACCCACACGCAGACACCUCCCCGUUUUCUCUGGAGCGUACAUAUCCAAUAACACAUCCCAGCCGAAAACAUCGUCCUGCCCAAGGACACCAUGCAGAAGUCGCCCAGGAUGAGCCGCCUGUCGGACGGAAAAAAGAAAAUUAAGGAGGAUGAAAAGAAGGAGAAGGCGGAAGUAGACUUGGAGAAGAACAAGGAGCUAAAGUGCGUGAGCAACUAUGACAAGACCGAGAUACUCGACUAUAUGCCCCGAUAUAUGGACACCUUCUGGAAAAUGGACACGCGGCUGAGCGGAUCGAAGGUGAAUGGUCUAUGGAUGCUCAACCAGUCCAACUACAACAAGGGACUGGCCUUCACGCUGAACGAAAGACGUGUGCUGUCCAUUCACGGACUACUUCCGGUGGCAGUGCGAACAAUGGGUGAACAGGUGGAGGUCUGCAAAAAUCUCCUCGCGACAUUUACCAAUAACGUGCAACAGUAUAUAUAUCUGACCUAUCUGUCUCGUCGAAAUAGGCGACUAUUCUACUCCCUUUUGCUGUCCAAUCCCGAUCGCUAUGUGCCCAUGACGGAUGUCUCGGGCUCGUUAGAUCUGCUAACGGUCCACAGGAUGCUCCACUCGAUGGGUCAGGGUCUGUACAUUUGCAUUAAGGAUCUGGGGCACGUGUCGCAAAUCCUGUGCAAUUGGCCACACCGCUGCGUUCGCUGCCUGCUGGUGAGCAAUGGUGCCUCUGUUCUGAGUGUGGGUGACUUGGGUGUCGAUGAGAUGCCCAUACUGUUCUCCAACUUGCACCAGAAUGUGGUCUAUGGCGGCAUUCAUCCGGCUUAUUGUUUGGCCGUAAUGUUGGAUGUGGGCACCAACAACGAGGAACUGUUGCAAGAUCCGAUUUAUACGGGCCUGAAGGAGCGCCGUUGCUCAGAGAAACUGUACGACCAGCUGUUCGAGGAAUUCACACUGUCCGUGAUGCAGCAGUAUGGACCACGUGCCCUGAUCCUGUGCAAGGACUUUGAGGCCCAGAAGGCCAAGAAGCAAUUGGAGCUGUACCGCGCACGCCAGUGCAUCGUGGACUUGGACUUUCAGUGCUUCGCUGCAGUUGCUCUGGCCGGUGUGAUUGUCUGCAACCGAUUGAAGAGAGUCUUCUUCUCAUCCAACGUAUUCCUGUUCUACGGCGCCGAAGCCAUAAACAUUGGCAUGGCUCGAUUGUGUAUGGUCCUGCUGAAACGUGAGGGUCUCAUCGAAAUGAAGGCCAGGGAGAAGAUUUGGUUCUUCGAUGCCAACGGAUUGAUAGUACUGGGCAGGAAGGACAUACCCGAAGAGCUGCUGGAAUUUGCCAACCAAAGGGAUCCGAUCUUCGACCUGGUCGAGGCCAUUCAGGAGUUGAAGCCCAACAUCCUGGUGGGUGGGUCAUCGCUGCCGAAUACCUUUACCCCCGAUGUCCUGCGUGCCAUGGAGAAGAGCGCCGACCAACCUGUGAUAUUUGCAUUAUCAAGACCCCUAGAGCAAGCCGAGUGCUCUGCGGAGGAUGCCUUCUCCUACACGAAGGGUCAUUGCAUCUUCAUCUCGGGUUCGAAGCUCCCCCCUCUGAAGUAUGCCAACAAAUGGUAUCAGCCGGGUCAUUGCACUAGUAGCUAUUUGGUAGCUGGAAUAAGUUGCGGCGUGAUCUUGGCCGGAUUCACCACCAUUCCGGAUGAGGCAUUCUGCGUGGCCGCCGAGCGUUUGGCCAGCCUGGUCUGGCCCUGUGACCUGGAGAAGCGGAAUGUGUAUCCGCCGAUGAGGAAGAUCCAGUGCAUCAGCCUGCAGAUUGCCGAGGCCAUAUUCACGUACGCCUUUGGACGCGGCCUGGCCACUUUGUAUCCGCAGCCGGAAAACCCAAUGGAAUACAUCAAGAACUCGAUGUACAACCCGGAGUACCGAAUGAACAUCGUUGACGUUUACUGCAUGCAAAACCGUAGUAUCGCCACCACGGAAUCCCGCAAGUACUACACGCUUGAUAUCUAGGACCUGUACUUACGCUUAGGCCAUUAUUAAAUGAACUAAACCAGA